UUCCCAUUGUGCUAGGGCAUUUCGCAUUCUUUGUGAGUGUUUCUCUCUAUCUAUUCCUUCCGGCAAUCCAGGUAAUGGCACCCAUCGGCGUGGAGGAGAUCAUCCCCGACGGCACGCUCUCCUACUUCGACAAGGAUGGCAAGCUCCAGAACGUUUCCAUCUACGCCCUAGCCGAGAAGAAGAAAGUGGUCCUGUUCGGAGUUCCAGGAGCUUUCACUCCUACUUGCAGCUUGAAGCAUGUCCCUGGAUACAUUGACAAGGCACCGGAGCUCAAGGCCAAGGGCGUGGAUAAGAUCCUGUGCUUGACUGUGAACGAUCCUUUCGUUGUUCGUGAAUGGGCCAAGACCUAUCCAGAGGAUUCGGCCGUGAUGUUCCUGGCAGACGGCUCCGCGACUUACACCAAGAGCUUGGGACUGGAGCUGGACCUGACGGAGCGAGGCAUGGGGAUUCGAUCCAAAAGGUUUGCUUUGCUGCUGGAUGAUCUCGUUGUCAAGGCUGCCAACAUUGAGGAGGGUGGCGACUUCAAGGUCUCCAGCGCUGAUGACAUACUUGCGGUUCUGCCAUAAGUACUACUUACUCAGUUAUCCAAAUAUUUGUUAUGUUACUUUUUGCAUGGUUUGCCGUAUUUAAGUUUAAAUGUUUUAGUGAAAUAUAUUACAAUAUUUAAAAGGCGA